GAUAUCUGUUUUAGUGCGAUAUCUAAAGAGGAUGAAGUGAACGGAAUGAUGAAGACUGUUCCGUAGGUCUGCAGACAGAGGGGUUAAUCCAUCUUUGUUCAGGAUUAAUUUCCAGGAUUGUAUGAAGAAUAAGGUUAGCCUAGCAUAUGGUAGCAACCAUAAUGUAAAAUUAAGAACAUUUUAAUAGAUUGUAGCAUGCAGUUGUGCCAUUUAUUAUGUUUUGAAGUGUAGGCCUCGGAGAACGAGCGAGUCCUGUUUACGUGUGAAGUCAUCUGAUCUGCUGUCGUGGCCGGUGCCCUACGUCAACAAAGAACGCUGGCAAGCCUAGAUAGGGCCUAGGAUUUUCAUUGAUGCCACUAACAAUUAACAUUCAAUUUAUUUUACUUGCUAUGUCUGAUGGUCAAUUAUGUUGAUGCGUUGCUCAGAAUUCAGCAAUAAUUCUGACAUUAAUUAGGAAAUUCUGUGCCUGUCCCCCUUGAGACUGUGUUUGUUUUAUUUUGGAAUUCGUUGAAUGUGUUGAUAUAUUGUUUUUGCAAAUUGUUCAGUGGAAUUACCAGACAGCAUUAUGGAGGAUAUAUUUACACAUAUAAUUGCUUCAGCAUCAAAAAAUAAAGCAGUUAGGAGUGCCUGCAACAGUGCUUGUGAUACAUUGGAAGCUCAGGGAAGUACAAGUGAAAAAUAUAAAUUACGAAUGAUAUGUCUUAUACCUCUAAAGUUGGCAUUGGAAUCAAAAAAUUCCAAAUUGACCACACUGGCAUUGGACGGGAUUCAGAAAGUUGUAGAGGAGGAAACCUUCAAAUCAGAUGAAGCAACUGAAGAAUUGGAGCAGACAGUGUUCAUGCAAGUUCUAUGGUCUUUAUCGGGCACUCCAUCCCUCAAUGAGGAAACUCAAGUGGACGUCAUGAAGUUUCUUGUGACGCUGAGUUCAUCAGAUGCGUGUCCUUUGCACAGUGCAUAUGUCAACGCUUUAAUUGAGCUUUGCACAAACACAUUCAAAAACAACCCACAGAUGAGCGUGAGGACAGCAGUCAAAGUCACGUUGACACAGACCCUGAGCCAUGUCUGUCAGUUCCUUCAAGACCGUCACAACUCCAAGGUGAAAAUGAAAGAAGACGUUGCUGAUGUUAUAGCUGAGUUUAGUAGCAAAGAUGAUGACUUAGGCCCUACUGCAUCCCUGUGUCAGGAUAUUAACAAAGUGCUGGAGUUUCUAUGUGAGAGAUUGUCUGAGGAUCAAAAGCUGAAUAACAACCAGCAGAAGCAGCCUGUGUUGACGAUGUUGCUUGAGGCUAUCUUGUCCAUGUUGACCAACUCCAGCAAGGAACUGGGGAAUGACAGCAACUUCAACAAGAUUGUCUGGCAAAAAUUAUGUCCAACACUUAUUGCUAUUCUUGGAAUACCAAAAGAUGACAAAGAUCUUGUAUCAACGUCACAAGAGAAUGAUGCAACCUCUGUCCCAGAUCAAGGACGUGGCUCUACGUACUCCACAACAUCUUCGGCUGUUACUCCUUCGAGCAGAGUGAUCUACAGCAUCGCUGCAGAGCUGGUGAGACUUGUUGGAAACGUAGAGUCCUUAAGACCAGUCUUAGGGUCCCUGUUCCAUAGAAUCUUGCUGUAUCCACCACCUGUGCAGAGGAACGAAGCAAUCAAGGUCAUCAAAGAGAUGCUAUCAAAUCCUGCAAGAGUUCUGGAUAUGGCAGGACCCCCUCUGCAUGAUGUGAAAGGAAGUAAAUCUAGUCUGAAUGAUGGAUCACGGGAAAGAAAUCCAGACUUAGACUUACUUAAAUUGUUACUGGAUGGUGUUGCAGACUCCAGUCAUUGUAAAGACAGUGCUGUGUGCCACUCGGGAGUUGUCUGUGUUCUAGGAUUUUUAACAUCUCUUGAGGAGAUAUCUCAAGGAAAGCAUUUAAGCAAGUACCAGAUUGAGGAGAUUAAUAAAAUGAAGGAGAUUGUCAUUGAAAGGGCACCCUCUACAGAACCAACUCCAAAGAUCAUUGAGAUAGUCAGGCAGAGUGAAAGUGCAAAAGAAAGCAAAGAGCCUGGUAAAGAGUUCAUGUGUGUUGAAAUGGCAGGUCAGAAGAUUGACAAACCUGGUAAACCAAGUGAUACCUGGUUGGUUGUUGAGGAUGAUGGACAGAAAAAAGAGGAGAAGGAAGAAAGCAACCAUGUUGGGGAUGAAUCAAAUGAGCAUAUAGAAAAAGUUAUACUGGAUGAAAAAAAGGAUCAUGGAGAUGUACCAAAUGACAUCACCGAAAGCCCUGUCAAAGAUUCAACAGAAAUUGUGGAAAGUGUUUACCUUGAUGAUGAGGAUAAUAUUGAGAAUGUGAAAUCUAGUGAACAGGAGGAAGAGCUCAAUGGCCUGACUGAUGGUGACGAUGCGGAUGAUGAAGAUGAGGAUGAUGAUGAGGAUGUUAUAGAUGAACCAAAGCUCACAGAGCUUGAUGAAAGGCAGCUAAAAAGAAGACAAGAGAUGGAGAGGUUGGCAGAGAGGAAUGAAGAAGAGGAAAGGAAUGGUGCCAGGCAGUACAUAGAAGCUUUGAUUAAGUUGCUUCCAUCAAUUAUUGCAGAAGGCGAUCCUAAGGUGGUGGACGAAAUGCUGCUGGAAUUCGCCUCCACAUUUGUUGGAAAUUAUACUGCGAAGAGACAGCAGUCAGUACAAGAGAAAGGUAGCAACAACUCAUCCCCAACCAAGAAGCUGAACCUCACCCCAGUCAUCAAUGCUGAUGGUAUAUACGUAGCCACAUAUUAUGCUCUAUUGCUGAAUCUGAAGUUGCUAAAGAGUGGGCAUUAUGGGAGUGAAGAGUGCAAGCUACCUAUGAAUAAGCAACAAUUUGUAAACAAGGUGCAUGACAGUGGAAUACUGAUCUAUUUAUCAUCAACAUGGCUUGGGGAGCUGUACAAUCAGCUGCUUAAGAAGAAUGUGCUAGGCUUAGCAGGCUACAAACCUGAAUUGGUGCAGUGCAACAAGGCUCUUAUUACACUCCUCACAGAAAUUGAUGGAUUGACUAGUCGUGAGAUCGGAGGUCAGAUGAUGCAUGAUGCAACAUCACCAAGCAAAGUAGUUUUACAUAUUGUGUCCAACAGCCCUGACCAGGCUUCAGAAGCAGGGAUGAAAUUUACUCGUGGAGUUUUAGUAACCAUGUGGGAUCAGAUACUUACAGUCCUAGCGGCUCCUCUUACAAUGCGUGGCAUCACUGGUAUUGGAAGCAUAGCAUUCCUACUAGGGACUGAGGGCGCUAAGGAACAGAACUCUCGUGAUCGAGAUUCCAUCUGUAUGAGUUUGGAUGCGCUUCGCAAAGCAGCCGGACUCAGUUGCUUAUUAGGUCUUCAGGAUAGGUGUGCUGCAGUUUUUGCGCAUCUUGCCAAUGCCUCCUGUGUUAGUGAGGAUGUUCCUCAGCCCACGGGUGAACAAGGCAAGAAAGGGGCUCGUAAGAACUCUAAUAAAGGUGGAAUCAGGCUACACGCUGCACAUGUCAUGAACAUGGAUGCCCUUCUAUCAAUGGGCCUGGAGAUGGGCAGCCAUGCAGCUUCAUGUUGGAAGCAUGUGUUCAGAUGCUGUGCAUAUGUAGCCCAGUUGGAGCACUCUCACUUCAGCAGGAAUAGUAGUCAUCAACCCUCAAUAAGUUUGCCAAAGUUAUCUGACCAUCAGGAACACCAUGACGGCUACGACGACGAUGAUCUCAUGACACCGUACUCCCAGAUGGCAGUUCCUCCUCCGAUGAGGGCACCUGUCAACGUCCAAGAUAUUAUCCAGCAAAACAGCCAGGAAUCUGGUUUCGAGAUGAACUCGGCUAGAGGCGGUAUUCUGACUGUUUCUAAUGCUGCUAAGGCAGUGUACGCCCUAUCAUCGGAUGUGGACAGGCUUUUUGAAGAAGCUGCUGCAAAUUUGAAUCUGAAAGCUCUACUUGGGUUUUUACGAGAACUACGAGCAGCUUCCCAGCUUCAGUUAUUCAGCAGCACAGCGAAAGAUGACGAGUUCUCAAUCAUUAGUCCGACUUCACCAAGUAAAUCACUACAGACUACAGGCUAUUCCAGUACCUCGCUACACCUUUUUAAAAUGGCUGAUGUUAUGCUACGAUGUAGCAGAAGCAGAAGCAGGCCACUGCUACACGUCAUGCAGGCUUGGAACAUAGUGGCACCACAUUUUGUAGAGGUUGCUUGCCAUAAAGAUCGUCAUGUUUCCAAGAAGGCCAUAGCUUCCAUCCACGAUGUUCUGACAGAGCUUCUAACUGACAAAUCAGAGCUGCCGCAUUUUAACUUCAAUGAGUCACUCUUCAAACCAUUUGAGAGCUUGCUACGACUUGAACUUUGCGAUGAAGACGUUCAAGAUCAGGUUGUAACAUCAAUAUGUGAAAUAGUGGAAGAAUCAUACACCAACAUCAAAUCUGGAUGGCGCCCUCUAUUUGGGACUUUGCGUGCCGUCCGUGUCCAUCGACAGAAGUUUGAGAAUAUGGACGACACCGGCUACGGGGACUCUAGCGAAAGAACUGAACAUCCCUCAGCCCCUGUUUUUGACGUCUUUGAGGCUUUCUUGAACACGGAAAAUGUUGCUGUGUUUUCAAAUGCAGCUAUCGACUGUAUACUGUGUCUUCUCAAGUUUGUCAAAGGACCAGGUACAGUAAUGUAUGCUGUUGUAAAACCCUUAACCAGUAAAGAUCCAGAAGACUCUGUUUUUGUGGAUACAGUUGAACCAGAGGUAAACAGUAAUACAUCCAGUUACAGCGUUGGCACUACUCUCCAGGCUGUCGACCUCUGCCUACCUUCUCUGGACUACCUCCACAGGUGCCAUAAGAUACUUAGUUCAAUCUACAACAUGCCAACAUCACCAUCCUUCCGUGGAUCACAGUCAAUCAAGAUGAGCACGAAGGGGUUGAGCCCGCCGUCGGAAUCUCCGAUCCAGGAACUUGGUUCCAGCGAGACCUUUGUGGUUAUUGAUUCCAAGGUUAUGUACUCACCAGAAGAGCUUGAUCUUCUGAAACCAGUCUGUGUCGAGAGCAUCGAUGAUGAUAGCGGCAUUAUUCGUGUGUGGUUUCUUCUGUUGGAAGGUUUGACCGGUUCUGUUACGACGUGUCCAAGACAUUAUCAGCCCCAGACUCUUGAACUUCUCUUUGAGAUCAUCAGGUCUGUCAAUCAAACACCAGGCCCACAAUUUGCUGUGUACUCGGUGUCCCAUUUAUUAUUGCCAAUGCUGCAAUCCUGGGUGAGACGUGGACGACAAGCGCCAUCAUUUUGGGACACCAGCAUUGCCAACUUCAAGCAUGCCUGCGGCUUGACAACCGACCUGAUCGUUGAUCUGAUUUCGCAUUUUGUGAAGAACAACAGCAGUUUGGACGGCGUGUACUUAAUGAUUAAGCAACUUCUUGACCUGCUGGUGGAGUGUAUCGGACAGACCACAGAGGCUGUCUCCAGACUUGGCUGUUCAUGUAUCAGGCACAUGUUAUUAAGUGCCGGCCCUAUCUUGACCCACGAAAUGUGGACGUUUGCCUGUAAAGGAAUGCAACAAGCGGUAGAAACGAGUCUUCACAGUUUGAAGCGGUUGAUGGCGUGCUUCCAUCCGGGCUCGGACGAUUUCAUGGGAGAUGUGGGGCAGGUGAAGGUGGCAGCUAGGCGAGACAUCAAGCCCAUGGAUUAUUUCAGACUACAGCAUUUAGCUCAACAGGUAUUUCUACUUGAGUGUCAGCGAAUUCCAAACUUUGAUGUGAAUGAAGAAGCAAGUCGAUCAUUCAUUUUCAUCUUGUAUCCUCCCGAUGUAGACACCACAAUGAAGCUGGACCUCAUCCAUACAAGGGUUCAUUAUCGGAAUAUUGUCCUAGGCCUCCUUGCACAUCAGCUGCUAAUCCAAACUCUCGGUACCAUCCUUCUCUACGGAGCCCAAAGUCAGACCUCAAAUGAGCAACAAGUGAUUGCCAAAGGAAGCAUGUCAUCUACUCUGGGCUUGCACGACUCUGUCAAUGGAUCAGGCAGUGCGAGUAAUGGUGAGAGCUUCCUGCCCGGACUCCUGCCAUACCUGUCCCCCAAGAACUUGUCCCUCUUACUGGAAUGCUUUGUUGAUUCGUACCAAACAGCAUGCGAGUUUAACAAUCGUCCUGGGAUGAAGUUCCUUUUGCAGAAGGUUGCCAAACUUGAUGUUGCUGUUAAUAUGUACUACCAAGCUGGUAUGAGUUUCACCUUCUACAGCCACACUCUUCUUGAGCUCUGUCAUCAUGCCAACAAAGCCAACCUCAACUCUGAUCUAGUGAAAGCUAUUAUUAAAGACAUGUCUCAUCGAUUGAAACAUGUCAGUGAUGUUCCUUAUCAGGAGAUAGAAAGUACUGAUGUAAUCCCGCAAAAUGAUGGCACUGAAAAGUCGUCGGAAGAGGUUCCUGAGGUCAAAAACGAGCCUGAUGAGGUGAAACCUGUUUUAAGAGCUCGUAGCAGGAGCACAGCUUCCAACUCUAGUGAACAAUCAUCUCAGCAUCCAUGUCCCAGCAUUAAAAGUAGCAUGGAGAGUUUGCACAUGAACUGUGACUUAAGCUUCUUCCCAAGUGAAGAUAAGACAGACUAUGAUUGGGUUGUGAAGAGGUUAUAUGGUAUAUGUAAUGAUAUCAUAGCAUCAUACUUACAAUUCAAUACUGAUAAAGAUACAGAAGUCACUAACAAGGAAGAGGAGGUGCCACUCUUUUUUCUGGUGGCACCUAAAUCUCCAGAACCAUCUUCAGUGAGUGAUCCAUUUUUCCAUUCUUACGAUGAUGAACCAAAGAGAAACUUUGCAAUGUCGCAGUGGACGCCAAAGAUAAAACAUGGUGACGAGCAAGAAUUGUCGCAUGAAGCUCACGCAGAGAAUAAUGACGAGCCAGCGUCACCGAAGGAGUCUGGCAAGAUCUAUACCGUUGCUACAACGAAGACAAUCAAGAGUCUUAUGCAGGAAUAUAAAAAGAGAAAGACUCAGCAUUCGCGAUCAGUGUUUGUCAAAAAGCCAACCUACAAGGAAUGGAAAUACACUCACCAAUCGAAACCAAAGAUCGAGGGCAUGACCUCGGAUGAUAGACGCAAACAAGAGAAAAUCAAGCAAGAACAGAAGUCAUCAAUAAUGCGCGAUCACGAUGCCUUGUUGAAGUCGUGGUCAGACAUGAUUCUAUCGAUGAUGCAACUAUUACAGCUUCUUCCGGACACUCAGUUUCAGAGUAUCUUGCCAAUCGUCUUCCCGUCCAUCAACCAGUUAGUUUGUCACGUGAAAAACGACACUGUACGCCAGGCUGUCAUGGAAUUCAUGGAACGAAUUGCACACCUUUAUUGUGUUGUUUAAACCAUGAAUGUACAGCAUUGUUACCUCGAUUUUAACAAUUACAAAUACAACAUAUUUCCUUUGAGAAGUCAUUUACGAUUUAUCGCUGUGUUUAUCUAUGCGAUUCUAAAGUUUAUUUAAUAAUAAUUUUUAUCUGACAUACCGGUCUCCCUCUAAUUGUAGACCCCUCCAAAUAAAAACCACCUCUUUGGUCCCAAAUUAACAGUUGUCUUUUAUCUUUAUUAUUCUAAUUAGAGACCAAAGCUGAACCCCGGUCCCAAAAAUUGACUUUAAUUCGAGGAAGACCUGUAUUUGAGUACGACUUCACAUUGCUUCCAGUUUUUAUUUUUUAUUAGGUUGAUAUUUUACAGAAUUUAUAUUAUUUCCAUCAAUAUAGUGGAAAUUUCAAGCUAUUAUAUACUAAUUACUAUAUUGUAUUUAUAAUUAAAUGAAAUUUAAUGAUUACUUCCUUGCAUACACAUACAUUAAUUGCAUUACCCUUGCAAAGUAUAUUUUUUAUUUAAAUUGGUGUUACUUUAAUAUAUAUGUUGUUAUAAGCAAGCUGCAACCAGCUGCAUGAGUUGCCUUGAGAAAAAAAAAAAUGUGCAUUAAAUUACAGAAGAAAACAAAAUUAUUAUAAAAUUGAAUACUUAUUGUAUUAAAGAAAAAAAACAUGAGAUUGUGCUGAGUUGUAAAUAAUAUUUAAAAAAAUGAUUUGAAUUGCAGUUAUUUGAAUAAUGCUGUAUGCUUAGCAAAUUUGCCAUGAAGGUAAUUAUAUAAAUUAUAUGUGUGUUAUUUUGUUGGAAGUUAAUACUUCAUUUCAAUUUGCUGAUAAAAAUAUACUGUGUCUGUGUUACAAUCUAAAAACAAAAACAACUGUCAAGUAUAUUUAAUACCAUUAAAAAUUGUAUUUUUGAGAUAUAUAUUGAAAAUAAUAUUUUUUCUGGCUGGUAUUGAAACCUAAACAACUGACCAAUCAGAAAUACAUGUCCCACAAACUUGCAUGUUUUUCGCAUCAUUUACGCUGUUGUUUAGUGGGACUUUUGCAUCAGUAUCCAAGGAGCUAGGCUUGGUGGAACGGACAAUUCAGUUGUUUCUGUUUUUCAGCUAAUUUAAGUUUCCUCAUCUACAAUAAGAAUAGUUGGUGCCAACCAAGUUAAUUGGCGACAAAAAUAUUUUCUAUUUCUAAUUUUUAUUAUCUUAAAUGUAAACGGUAUAUCUUUAUAUUUAUGUUUGCUUUAACAUUCCUGCUUUCAGUAUACCAGUGCUCUUAUAUUAAUUUUGUUUAUGUCGAUAUUCAGCAUUGAAGAGACAAACAGGUGCAAUACAACGUAAGCAUUGGAUAAUGUAAUUUAACAAACUAAAUUUAAUCUUUUUAUAUAUAUUGAAAAUAUUAAAAUCCUUAGUCUAAAUUACUGAUUGGUUGUGAAUCACACAAGCCCAGUAUGUUUAUACAUUUUUAGUUAAUUGAUAUAAAUAAUGUUAAACCGUUUCUGAAGAAUAUUUAAAAUUAAACAUGAUUAUUUGUUUUCAUAGAUAUUGUACACUUACCAAUGGAAUACAAUAUUUUUUGGUUUAAUUUUUUUGAAUUGUAUGGAGCUGUUUAAAAUGUAAGCAACUUUAAAAUUUGCAAUACUUUAAAGUUGCACCUACUCAAAUUAUUGUUUAUAAAUUCUUGUACAUGUGUUACCUGUAUUUCCUUUAUUUAUCAUUUAUCAUUUAAUUUAAAGCAAAUCAAUUAUUUGAGAAUAAAUAUAAUAUGUGUAAAACAGCAGUUUUUGUUGCCCCCUCCCUACAUUUUUUUGAUUGGUUGCUGGAAUUAAACAAAUUCAAAUGUUAAAAUAUUUGUUAGCAAUUUAUAUAAAUGAGUAACAAGCCCAUUUUACCUGAAAGUUGAACUAAGUGAAAAUGUAAGAAUGGAAAUUACAUGUAUGUAUGUAUGUAUAACACUUUUAUCCUCGUUUAUUAGCUUGCAUUUUUGUUCAUAUAUAAUAUUAUGAACAGGAUGAUAUUUUGUCAUUAAAUGAUCUAUGUUCUUGAUUCAACUAAAAAGCGGUACAAACAAGUGGGUUUCUUUUUUGUUAUAUGGUUUUGAUUAAUAUUUUUUGGUAAGUGGAGAUUUCAUUAUAACAUUUAUAACAUUCCAAUGUGAUUUUUUUUACUUGCUUUUUUUUUAAAUAUUAAGAUUUAACAGUGGCUAAGCUAAAUGUGUGCUUUAUUUGGGAUGGCGUUUUAUUAGUUCAGACCCAUCAAUAAGUUUUGUUUAUAUUAUGUUAUAUACAUACAGUGUGAAAAUGCAGAUCAUAAUGAAAUGUUCAAAAACCAUUAUUUAGUCAAAUUUACAUUAUUGUAGCACUCAGAUUUUAUAAAUGAAGUUUUCACAGAUGGCAAUGUUUCUUUCUCUCUCUCUCUCUUUUUUUUAAAAAGAUAUUCUUUGUUUCAAUUAGAAAUAAAUAAUAUUGCAUACCUGCAAUGUUUCAGAUGUUACUGCGGCUGCCCCUAUCCUUAUUUUAAUUGACAGAAACGUGGCAUGCCUAAAUAUCAGGGUCAUGAUGACUAAAUAUGGUAAUGAUGACAUCGCCAUGCCAAUAUAUAGACACAUCAUAACUAUAUAUGGGCAUACAAUAGGUUUUUGUCAAAGAAAAUUUCAUAGGGUGGACAGAGAUUUGACCAUGUGCCAAUCAAUGCCAUUAUAUGUGUGCUUAACAAAAAAAAGUAUAUACAUCGAAGGAAACUAGACGAAUUUAUUCCAUGCAUUGUUUUUUUUUGUUUUUUUUUGUUUAAAAAAAAAAUAUUAUUUAGAGGAUUCAAAUUGUAAACCAUAAAGAUUAUUGUAAUUUUCCGAUAAGCAUGAUUUUGUUAUGUAUUAUUUAUUAAUGGGUUUGGCAGGGAUAUAUUGAAUAAAGAAACAUUAAAUAAAAAU